AUGGUGUUACAUCCAGAAGGAAAUAAUCUUUUUAUUGGUGGAUUGGAUAGAACAUUUUCCUGGAUGGACUUAGAAUUGGGCACAAAACCUUGGAAAAAGCUUCGAACACACCAAUCAGGAAUUCGAUCAAUUACAUAUCAUAAACGUUAUCCUCUACUUGCUACUGUAUCAGAUGAUGCAACAGCAAUAGUUUAUCAUGCUAAAACAAGUCAAGAUUUGGAAAAAGAAAAUGAAUUAGUGCCAGUUAAACGUCUUUUUGGACACAAAAUUUUGGCAAAAAGGGAAUUAACUAAAUUAAAAGAACAAAAAAUAAAUGAAGAAAAUAUACAAGAAGAAGAGGACAAAAAUGAAGAGAAGAAGAAGAUAAAUAAUAAAACUCAGGAAGAGAAUUCUGACAAUGAAGAAUCCCCUCCAACAAAACUUGACAAUACUCGGUUGUCCAUACUUUGUGCUACUUUUCAUCCAAUUCAGCCUUGGCUAAUAACUUCGGGUGCUGACGGAAAUAUAGCAUUAUUUACUUAUUAA